CGGAGCCCCGCGGCUCGCCCGGGGCCAGCAGGAGGCGGGGGCGCGCGGGGCCGCGAGGUACAGCCGGCCGGGCCGAGGCUGCGGGGCCGGCGCUGCCCGGGAGGCGGCGUGAGGAGGUGGCGGCCCAGCCCGCGGCCGAAGAGGACGGAGCCCGCGGCCGCGCCGAGCGGGGAUGCUGGCACAUGUGUCCUGGCCCCUGACAACUUUCUAUGAGCCUAGGGAUUCGUCCUCUACCUGUGGCAGGGACAUCACUGGAGCCUCCUGAGACCCACAGGGGUCUUUCGUGAACUUUGUCAUGGUUAUUUAAGGAACCUUGCCUAGAAGUCCCAACUCACAGUUCCCCAUCGACGGGAAGGCCUGGACUCCAAGAUGAUUAUAAAAGAAUAUCGGAUUCCUCUGCCCAUGACCGUGGAGGAGUACCGCAUCGCUCAGCUGUACAUGAUACAGAAGAAGAGCCGUAACGAGACAUAUGGUGAAGGGAGUGGUGUGGAGAUCCUGGAGAACCGGCCAUACACAGAUGGCCCUGGGGGCUCUGGACAAUACACACACAAGGUGUAUCACGUGGGCAUGCACAUCCCCAGCUGGUUCCGCUCCAUCCUGCCCAAGGCAGCCCUGCGGGUAGUGGAGGAGUCCUGGAACGCCUACCCCUACACCCGAACCAGGUUCACCUGCCCUUUUGUGGAGAAAUUCUCCAUUGACAUCGAAACCUUUUAUAAAAGCGAUGCUGGAGAAAACCCUGACGUGUUCAACCUCUCUCCCGUGGAAAAGAGCCAGCUGACAAUUGACUUCAUUGACAUCGUCAAAGAUGCUGUGCCCCCUAAUGAGUAUAAGACAGAGGAAGAUCCCAAGCUGUUCCAGUCGGCCAAGACCCAGCGAGGGCCCCUGUCUGACAACUGGAUCGAGGAAUACAAGAAGCAGGUCUUGCCCAUCAUGUGUGCCUACAAGCUCUGCAAGGUGGAGUUCCGCUAUUGGGGCAUGCAGUCUAAGAUCGAGCGGUUCAUCCAUGAUACUGGCCUGCGGAGGGUGAUGGUGCGGGCCCACCGGCAGGCCUGGUGCUGGCAGGACGAGUGGUAUGGGCUGAGCAUGGAGAAUAUCCGGGAACUAGAGAAGGAGGCACAGCUCAUGCUGUCCCGCAAGAUGGCCCAGUUCAAUGAGGAGGACAACGGGGCUGCUGAGCUUGCUAAGGAUGAGGAGAACACCCAGGACCAGACCUCCAGGGAGCCUCCCGAGCCCAGCAGCAGCAGCAAUGGGGAGCCCCUGGUGGGGCGGGGCCUGAAGAAACAGUGGUCCACAUCCUCUAAAUCCUCACGGUCAUCCAAGCGAGGAGCCAGCCCUUCCCGCCACAGCAUCUCGGAGUGGAGGAUGCAGAGCAUCGCCAGGGACUCAGAUGAGAGCUCAGAUGACGAGUUCUUUGAUGCGCACGAAGACCUGUCUGACCAGGAGGAAAUGUUCCCCAAAGACAUCACCAAGUGGAGCUCCAAUGACUUCAUGGACAAAAUUGAGAGCCCAGAGCCAGAGGACGCACAGGGUAGUUUGUACCACCAGAGCGCCCCUGAGUUCAGGGUGGCCUCCAGUGUGGAGCAGCUGAACAUCAUUGAGGACGAGGUCAGCCAGCCACUAGCCCCACCACCCUCCAAGAUCCACGUGCUGUUGCUGGUGCUGCAUGGAGGGACCAUACUGGACACAGGCACUGGGGACACCAGCUCCAAGCAGGGUGAUGCCAACACCAUCGCCAGUGUGUUCGACACAGUCAUGCGCGUGCACUACCCAAGUGCCCUGGGCCACCUCACCAUCCGCCUGGUACCCUGCCCACCUGUCUGCUCUGAUGCUUUCGCCCUGGUCUCCAACCUCAGCCCUUAUAGCCACGAUGAAGGUUGUUUGUCCAACAGUCAGGACCACAUCCCCCUGGCUGCCCUGCCCUUGCUGGCCACCUCCUCGCCUCAGUACCAGGAGGUGGUUGCCACAGUGAUUCAACGGGCCAACCUUGCCUAUGGGGACUUCAUCAAGUCCCAAGAGGGUGUAACCUUCAAUGGGCAGGUCUGCCUGAUUGGGGACUGUGUCGGGGGCAUCCUGGCGUUCGAUGCCUUGUGCUACAGCAGCCAGCCUGUGUCUGAGAGUCAGAGCAGCAGCCGCCGGGGCAGCGUGGUCAGUGUGCAGGACACUGACCUGCUGUCCCCGGGCACCCUGGUGAGCACAGCACACUGCUCUGGCAGUGGCAGUGGUGGCUCCAACCUGGAGAACAGUCGGCACCUGAGCCGCAGCAACAUCGACAUCCCCCUCGGCAUUGGCACCGAGGACCCCAAAAGGCAGCUGCCCCGAAAGAGGAGUGACUCAUCCACCUAUGAGCUGGACACCAUUCAGCAGCACCAGGCCUUCCUGUCCAGCCUCCAUGCCAGUGUGCUGAGGACCGAGCCCCACGCGUAUCGCUCGGGCAGCUCCACCAUGCUGGAUGGCACAGGGGCGCCAGGCAGGUUUGACUUUGAGAUCACCGACCUCUUCCUCUUCGGGUGCCCUCUGGGGCUGGUCCUGGCCUUGAGGAAGACCGUCAUCCCAGCCCUAGAUGUUUUCCAGCUGCGGCCGGCCUGCCAGCAGGUCUACAACCUUUUCCACCCCGCUGACCCUUCUGCCUCCCGCCUGGAACCACUUCUGGAGCGGCGCUUCCAUGCUCUGCCGCCCUUCAGCAUCCCCCGCUACCAGCGCUACCCGCUGGGGGAUGGCUGCUCCACGCUGCUAGUCGAGACCGUGCAGAGAAACCCCGAGCUGGUGCUGGAGGGCGGCCCCCUGGGCCCUCUCCUGCAUGGGGACAGCUUCCUGGAAACCAGUAUCCCUGUUCCCGCGCCUACCUGGCAAGACGGGCCCCGCCCGAGCCCGGGCUGUGCUGAGUCAGACACGCUCCAGACCCACAACACGGUCUUCCAAGAGCAUGCAGCCCCCUCCUCGCCUGGAACGGCUCCUACCAGCCGUGGCUUCCGCAGAGCCAGUGAGAUCAGCAUUGCCAGCCAGGUGUCAGGCAUGGCGGAGAGCUACACGGCGUCCAGCAUCGCUCAGAAGGUCCCUGUGUCACUCAGCCACACCCCCAGUGUCAGACGCCUGUCCCUGCUCGCCCUGCCCCAUCCCUGCCCUGCUACCCCCAGCCCCCACCCUCCUGCCAGGAAGGCAAGGCCUGGUCUGGAGAGGGCCCCUUGCCCCCCUGGCCUGGACAUCGGACAAGUUGCUGCAAAGUGGUGGGGCCAGAAGCGGAUUGACUAUGCCCUGUACUGUCCUGACGCGCUCACGGCUUUCCCUACGGUGGCCCUGCCUCACCUCUUCCACGCCAGCUACUGGGAGUCAACGGACGUGGUCUCCUUUCUACUGAGACAGGUCAUGAGGCACGACAACUCUAGCAUCUUGGAGCUGGAUGGCAGGGAAGUAUCAGUGUUCACCCCCUCAAAGCCACGGGAGAAAUGGCAACGCAAGAGGACCCAUGUGAAGCUGCGGAAUGUCACCGCCAACCACCGGAUCAAUGAUGCUAUCGCCAAUGAGGACGGCCCACAGGUUCUGACCGGACGGUUUAUGUAUGGGCCCCUGGACAUGGUCACCCUGACUGGGGAGAAGGUGGACGUACAUAUCAUGAUGCAGCCGCCCUCAGGCGAGUGGCUCUACUUGGACACACUGGUGACCAACAGCAGUGGGCGUGUCUCCUACACCAUCCCUGAGACACACCGCCUGGGUGUGGGUGUCUACCCCAUCAAGAUGGUGGUCAGGGGAGACCACACAUUUGCUGACAGCUACAUCACGGUGCUGCCCAAGGGCACAGAGUUUGUGGUCUUCAGCAUUGAUGGUUCCUUUGCCGCCAGCGUGUCCAUCAUGGGCAGUGACCCCAAGGUGCGGGCCGGGGCUGUGGACGUGGUGCGGCACUGGCAGGACCUGGGCUACCUCAUCAUCUAUGUGACGGGCCGGCCUGACAUGCAGAAGCAGCGAGUGGUGGCAUGGCUGGCCCAGCACAACUUCCCCCACGGUGUGGUGUCCUUCUGUGACGGCCUAGUGCAUGACCCGCUACGGCACAAGGCUAACUUCCUGAAGUUGCUUAUCUCUGAGUUGCACCUGCGUGUGCAUGCGGCCUACGGUUCCACCAAGGACGUGGCGGUCUACAGCUCCAUCAGCCUGUCCCCCAUGCAGAUCUACAUCGUGGGCCGGCCCACCAAGAAGCUGCAGCAGCAGUGCCAGUUCAUCACGGACGGUUAUGCAGCCCACCUGGCCCAGCUGAAGUACAAUCACCGAGCACGGCCAGCCCGCAACACAACCACCCGCAUGGCACUGCGCAAGGGCAGCUUUGGACUGCCUGGUCAGGGGGACUUCCUGCGCUCCCGGAACCACCUGCUCCGCACCAUCUCAGCCCAGCCCAGCGGGCCCAGCCACCGGCAUGAGCGGACACAGAGCCAGGCAGACGGCGAGCAGCGGGGCCAACGCAGCAUGAGCAUGGCAGCUGGCUGCUGGGGCCGUGCCAUGACCGGCCGCCUGGAGUCAGGGACAGUCACGGGCCCCAAGUAGGGCACCGUGAGUCCUGCACUGGGGUCUCCAUGGUGCUAGGCCAGGGUGGCCAGCCCCGCUGGGAGGCCUGGCCUGGGCACACACAGGCACUGGGGGCAAGCACAGAUGUGGGCUGGGAGCUUGUCCCAGGGCCCCUCAAGGACAUAGGCCAUGCCAUACAGUCCUCCCAGCCUGCCUCAUGUUCUAAAUUCUGAGGGGCCCAGCUUGUUGUGAAAGCUGGUGAGACCAUCGGUCCAGGAUGAUAGAGGGACCAGGACCCGCAUGGAGACUGACCAGGCUCUCCUGGAUUUCUAGCCCAGCGUGGUCUCCCAGCUUCCUAGUGCCAGGUAUGGGCCAGGGGCCAGCCUGUGACCUCCCUGGCACCGGCUCACCUCACCCCAGUCCCCUCCCAUUUGGUAGCAGCUCCAUCGGGGUCAGCCUGCUUCUUGUUAACUCGGAUGACUCAACUGUUCAACCUCACUGGUUUUGCACUGAUUUUUGAGAGUGGAGACCCGUUGACAUGCAUGAAAAUUGAGUAUUUGUUGACCCAGGACCUAGGACCACACCAAGGCUCCAGUGCGACAAAUCCUUCUGCAAGCAGGAAAGAAAGGCCAUUAUCUUAAUUUCUGCAGCCCUGGACCCCUGCCCACCUGCCCGCUUGCCCAGCUGGAGCCCAGUCUGGCCUCAUUUCCAGCCCUGGGCACAGCCCAGGCGCGAGGCCGGUGAUGUCCAACCUCUUCUUCCAUGCCUUGCCAUCAGCCGAGGCCCCUGCCAUGGCUGCCUGCCCACGUUUCUACGCCUUUCUACUUCUCGAUCUGAUUUCUAUGAGGUUUUUUUAAAUAAGCAAUCCUUGGCUGCUUCCUUUUCUUAACUCUCUCAGUACCAAGUGCAGCCCUUCCACUUUGAAAACACCCAGCACUGUGAUGGAGUCCAGCCUGGUUCGGGGUCCCCGUGGGCCCUGCCUGCCCAGCGGGGCAUGGGCUCCCUGCCUCACCUGACGCCGGUUAAUCCCACUGAAUUUCUACUUGGGGUGGGUGGGGCACACAUAGGUUUUUUAAAUGCCAAUUCCGUUUCGAUGCCGAAUCUAAGAAGCCACAACUUGCUUCGUCAGCUUUCAGGCAGGCAGUCCAACCUCGUUUCUCACCUGAACAAGGAAGGACUGUGCUGUCCUACAUACUGGUCCCAGCAUCAGCCCUCCCUCCCCGGCCUGAGCAUGGCCCCACUGCUCUCCACCUUCCCUGAGGUGAGAGUCUGCCCGGCCUGAGCCGCUGUCCAAUAACGAGGCUCUGCCCCUGAGAAGCUGGGCCAGCCUGGAUGGGGCCUCAAGGCUGGGUGAAUGGAGCCAGGGAGGUGCCCGGAUUAGUGUUAACUUUCCCGCCGUGUGUAGAUAUGUACAGCCAAAGGGUCGUGUAAAUGUUCUGCAAAAGUGGGUCUAUAGAGAAUGAAAGCUAUUUAUUUUGUGCAGAGAAAAAUGUCUGGAGGGAUGGAAGCUUCAGGGUUUAUUUGUAUUUAAGAUGUAACUUUUUGUUGUUUUGGGCGUUAUGUAUAAAGCAACAAUUAUUUUAUGGACCAAGUUUUCACAUAACUGUUGCAGUGGAAGUGCAAUAUCUGACCCCUCUGCUCAGUGGGAAGUCGCUUGGCCCGACAAUCACAGCCCCAGCCAGGGGUCCCUGUGGCCGCUGCUUCUCCAAUCCCAGUCCUGCCUCACCCUCUCCUGCCUAUGCCUCAGUGACCAGCCAUCUGGAGAAGCACCUGGAAGAGGCUUGGGCCUCCUGCAAUAAGGGUCAGGAGGUCCUGUGGGCAGUGGGCUUGGCCUCUCCUCAGAGGCAGCUCUCCUCAGCCCCAUGCUCCCAGCCUGCCUGCCCAGCUGCCAGCCAUGCCAAGGACAACAGCAAUAGUCCCCUGGGACCCUCCCAGCGGCCUUUAGCCAUAGGUGGUGAGAUGGGCAGGCCACCCUCCCCCACGAAGUCUCUCUUCUGUAUCCAGGUCUGCUUCCUGCCUCCCUUAAGAUUCCUUUUGGCAUGUUCUCUUGAGGAAGGCACCAGUUUCUCAGACACUAAGAGUGGGAGGGCAAAGUCCUUUACAAAUACCAAAAAUGUUUACAGUGUUGGGUGCUGGGCCCUAGAGCUCAAGCCUGACCAGUUAUAACCAAAGGGUGAGGCAGGCCUUAUUGACUGCCACCCCCACCUGGGCCUGUUAGAAUAGAAGCCUUAGUCCCAACCCCCCAUGCCCCCAUGCCCCUGGGCUGAGCCUCAGCCCACCACCCAGAUCCCACCACCUGCCUUCUCUUUGAUUUCUAAAGAGGGAUUCAGCAGAGCCCCCAUCCCUUACUGGCUCAGUCUGAGCUGCCUGCCCACCCCAUCACAAUCAUCACAUCUUGGCUCCCUCCUGUCUGUCCGAGUGCCAUCCGUCUCUCUGGGCCACAUAUGAGCAGCGUCCUGACUGUCCCAACCCAUCCUUGCUGUCUCUGCAUCCCUGGGCCUGAGUGUGCUCUGUAUACAGUGUCAUUGUCUGUUACUCCAAUUAAAGAAGCAGGAAGGCUUC